CCAACGGAGACCAUGGGGAAGAUUAUCUUCUACGAGGACAAGAACUUCCAGGGUCGGAGCUACGCGUGCAGCAACGACUGCAUGGAGCUUCACUCGUACCUCAGCCGAUGCAACUCCAUCAGGGUGGAGAGCGGCUGCUUCAUGAUCUAUGAGCGACCCAACUUCAUGGGCCACCAGUACUUCAUGAGGAGAGGGGAGUAUCCUGAUCACCAGAGGUGGAUGGGCUUCAGUAGCUGUGUCCGCUCAUGCCGGAUGAUUCCACUGUACCGAGGCUCCUACAGAUUGCGUAUCUAUGAGAAGCCCGACCUCAGUGGUCACACGAUGGAGUUCAUGGAGGAUUGUCCCUGUGUGUCUGACCGUUUCCAUCACCGCCACGUCUACUCCUGUAAUGUUAUGAAUGGCUACUGGAUCUUCUACGAGUACCCCAACUACCGAGGCAGACAGUACUUCCUGAGACCUGCGGAGUACCGGAGGUACCGAGACUGGUCCGCCACCUGCGCCAUCGUCGGCUCCUUCAGGAGAGUCAUCGAAUUCUAG